AUGAAUCCGCUGGCAUUCUUGGGAGGACCAAACCUGAUUGAAGGACUGGGUCCAAGAGAUGGAGGAUCUUUUGGAAGUGCUGGAGUGCACGGAGGAACAGAAGGUAUGUUUUGCUGCCUUCAAACUAGUGGGGGAGGCAAAGAGAUGGUGGCGAUCGGCAAAGCUGGUAGAGGAGCAGCGUCCAGGAUACGGGAUUGUCACGCGGUAUUGAACUACACACCUUCACAACAGCGGUGUGGAGGAAGUAAUCAAGUGACUAGAGGAGGUCACCAAGGGGGCACCACGCAGGCGCGGGUGUACUCAUUGACGCCGGGUGAUGUAGAGAACGCCAAAAAUGUGGUGACAGGUAUGAUUUCAUUUAUGUCACUUAAUGCUAUUGUAAUGUUCGACUCAGGGGCUACCCACUCAUUUGUAUCCCGAAGAUUUGCUAAAGUAUGUGGCAUUGAUGCCCAGUUGUUAAGGGUUGAGUUAGGAGUGGCUAUGCCGGCAGGGUCGGUUAUUGUGUGCAGUAAGGUGGUUAAAGACCAUCCGAUAGAGAUUCAGGGGAGGAAGUUGUCUGCCAGUCUCAUUGUUCUAGAGAUGCAGGGAUUCAAUAUUAUCUUGGGGAUGGACUGGUUAGCAUCUAGCUAUGCGAGCAUAGAGUGCCGAAAGAAGGAGGUAGUGUUUGGACCUCCGGGGGAGGAAGAGUUUAAUUUAUAG